ACGCAUCACGCUGUCCAUCCAGGUCACGUGGACUUUGUGCUAGCUGAUUAGCUCUACCUCAGCUAGAUGUUGUUUGCAAUGUAGUGUAUGAUACGCAUAUGUAAACAAGAAUUUACACCGAGCUUGGCUGCGUAACUCUGUAUUAAAUGUAUUAUUGCUGGGUUCCUUUUGAUCUAUCAAAGCUGACGCAGGCACAGUUGGAAAAUAUGUUUACACAGACUUUGGCGUUAGCGUAGUUAUUUUGUCUAGCUAACAUAAGCUAACGCUAACUUACUUUGCCAGACCGGAUCGUAACGUUAGCGGGUUAACACCAAUCUGCCUGGACGUAAUAGUCACUAUACAUUUAUAUAAAGCUAGCUAAAAUCCAGGCUUGCUAAGGGUGAGGAGAAAUCACGCAAAGAUGUCUGACUCAGACAGUGAUGAAGACCAAGACCGCCCUUUCUCUCUGACUGGCUUCCUUUUUGGAAACAUCAAUGAAGAUGGACAGCUAGAGGAUGAUAGUGUUCUGGACAGUGAGUCCAAAAAGCAUCUAGCAGGUUUGGGUACACUGGGUCUGGGCACGCUCAUUACAGAAAUCACUGCCAAUGAGGAGGAGGAUCAAGAGCAGAACCGAGACUCUGGUAGCGUGGAUGCAGAGGGCUGGGUGAAAAGCACUGAUGAUGCAGUUGAUUAUUCUGACAUUAGUGAAGUUGCUGAGGAUGAGACAAAGAAGUACCGUCAGGCGAUGGGGUCUUUGCAGCCCAGCAGGAAAACAGAUGAUGAGGAUGACUAUGAUGCAGACUGUGAGGAUAUUGAUUCUAAGCUCAUGCCUCCUCCUCCUCCACCACCAAGUCUUUCUACGUCUGCUAAGAAAGAUGAACCUUCCUCUCAGAGCACAAAUGCUGGGGAAGAGGGUGAUGGCAUAAUCUUGCCCUCCAUCAUUGCACCUUCCUCUACAGGUGAUAAGGUUGACUUCAGCAGCUCCUCAGACUCUGAGUCAGAAACUGACCGUCCCUGCCUAAGCUCAGUGGCUGGAGGUCCCCCAGACAGGCUCAACCUCCCUCUCGCUGGCAUCAUGCAGAAAGAUGCUGCCAAAGCACUGCCAAGUGUUACAGAACUUUUUCCAGAGUUUAGGCCUGGAAAGGUGCUUCGGUUCUUACGACUGUUUGGUCCUGGAAAGAACAUGCCAUCAGUUUGGAGGAGUGCCCGCAGGAAGAAAAAGCGGAAACACCGGGACCCACAGCCUGGGACGCCCUCUCCAGAAGGAGAGCCCACUGAGCCAAGCCAGGAAAAAAAGUCUGGAUGGGUUUAUGAGUCUGCUCCCCCUCCACCCCCAGAGCAGUGUCUUUCUGAUGAUGAGAUAACCAUGAUGGCUCCAGUAGAAUCAAAGUUCUCCCAAACCUGUGGUGAUGGGGACAAGGAGGCAGAGUCUCGACCUAAAGUUGCGGAAUGGAGAUAUGGUCCAGCCCAGCUCUGGUAUGACAUGCUAGGGGUCCCGGAGGACGGAAGCCAUUUCAGCUAUGGGUUCAAGCUAAAAGAGGAGCAGUCCAGUGAGCCUCAGAUGCAGGACACGCCUAAAGAAAUGCCAGAUACUGCUCAAGUGAGGCAGGACAACAACGAUGAUGAUGAUGAUGAUGAUAAUGAUGUAGAUGAAGACAAAGCAACCCUUGAGAAUGAGCUCUUCUUGAUGGUCACUCAACUGCAAUGGGAGGACGAUAUUAUCUGGAAUGGGGAGGAUGUAAAACACAAAGGCACAAAGACGCAGCGAGCUAGCCUGGCAGGAUGGCUGCCCUCUAGCAUGACCCGUAAUGCCAAUGCUUAUAAUGCACAGCAGGGCCUGACGAGAAGUAAUUCUCAGUUGGUGCCACCUACGCCUCCACCCAUGCCCAAAGUUUCUUCAAUCACUGGCUCCAAGCGGGAAAAAAACUGCCAUGAUAAUCAAGUCUCUCAGGAAGAAGACUGCCCCUGGUUCUCCAUCUUUCCCAUUGACAAUGAAGAGUUGGUGUAUGGACGGUGGGAAGACAACAUCAUCUGGGAUGACCAGGAGAUGGAUCACAUGCUCAUGCCACCUGUUCUUACACUGGAUCCCAAUGAUGAGAAUAUCAUUCUAGAAAUUCCUGACGAAAAGGAGGAAACAACAUCCCACUCUCCAUCAAAAGAGAAUAAGAAGGAAACUGCAAUCAAAAAGAGCCGCAUCCUGCUUGGGAAGACCGGGGUAAUAAAAGAUGAGCCACAGCAGAACAUGUCCCAGCCUGAAGUGAAGGACCCCUGGAACCUCUCCAAUGAUGAGUUCUACUAUCCCAAACAGCAGGGCUUGAGGGGGACAUUCGGUGGAAACAUCAUUCAGCACUCCAUCCCGGCACUGGAGCUGAGGCAGCCCUUCUUCCCCACACACAUGGGACCAAUGAAGCUCCGGCAGUUCCAUCGACCAAAUCUGAAGAAGUACUCAUUUGGAGCUCUGGCUCAACCGGGCCCCCAUGCAGUCCAGCCACUGCUCAAACACAUAAAGAAGAAGGCCAAGAUGCGAGAGCAGGAGAGACAGGCAUCUGGAGGAGGAGACAUGUUCUUCAUGCGGACCUCACAGGACUUGACAGGCAAAGAUGGAGAUCUGAUCUUGGCAGAAUACAGUGAAGAAUACGCUCCUCUCAUUAUGCAAGUCGGCAUGGCCACCAAAAUCAAAAACUACUACAAAAGGAAACCUGGAAAGGACCCUGGAGCACCUGACUGUAAAUAUGGAGAGACUGUGUACUGCCACACAUCCCCUUUCCUAGGUUCACUGCAUCCUGGGCAGCUGCUCCAGGCGUUUGAAAACAACCUUUUCCGUGCUCCAAUCUACCUGCACAAGAUGCCAGAGACUGAUUUUUUGGUUCUACGGACACGACAUGGCUACUACAUCAGAGAAAUUGUGGACAUUUUUGUAGUUGGUCAGGAGUGCCCCUUGUUUGAGGUUCCUGGGCCCAAUUCUAAGCGAGCCAAUACCCACAUCAGAGACUUCCUUCAGGUGUUCAUUUACCGCUUGUUCUGGAAGAGCAAGGACCGGCCCCGGAGAAUCCGCAUGGAGGAUAUAAAGAAAGCUUUUCCCUCACAUUCAGAGAGCAGCAUCAGGAAACGACUAAAACUCUGCGCUGACUUCAAACGUACAGGGAUGGACUCUAACUGGUGGGUGCUGAAGCCCGACUUCAGACUGCCUACAGAAGAAGAGAUAAGAGCCAUGGUGUCACCAGAGCAGUGUUGCGCUUACUAUAGCAUGGUAGUGGCAGAGCAGAGACUCAAGGAUGCUGGAUAUGGUGAGAAAUCCUUCUUUGCUCCAGAGGAGGAAAACGAAGAAGACUUUCAAAUGAAGAUUGAUGAUGAGGUGCGGACAGCUCCUUGGAACACAACAAGAGCCUUCAUUUCUGCCAUGAAAGGGAAAUGCCUGUUGGAGGUUACAGGUGUUGCUGAUCCUACAGGAUGUGGAGAGGGCUUCUCCUACGUCAAAGUGCCCAACAAGCCCACUCAACAGAAGGAUGACAAGGAGCCACAGCCUGUCAAGAAGACUGUGACGGGGACAGAUGCUGACCUGAGGAGGCUGUCACUAAAGAACGCCAAGCAGCUGCUGCGCAAGUUUGGUGUUCCAGAGGAAGAGAUCAAGAAGCUUUCACGGUGGGAGGUGAUUGAUGUGGUGAGAACCAUGUCCACAGAGCAGGCACGUUCAGGCGAGGGACCCAUGAGCAAGUUUGCCAGAGGCUCUCGUUUCUCCGUUGCUGAACAUCAGGAGCGCUAUAAGGAAGAGUGCCAGAGGAUUUUUGACCUGCAGAACAAGGUGUUAGAAUCAACAGAGGUGCUCUCCACAGACACAGACAGCAGCUCAGCAGAGGACAGUGACUUUGAGGAGAUGGGGAAGAACAUUGAGAAUAUGCUGCAGAACAAGAAGACCAGCUCCCAGCUUUCCCGUGAAAGGGAGGAGCAGGAGAGGAAGGAGCUACAGAGGAUGCUGAUGGGUGAGGACAGUGAUCGUGACAAGGGACGCAAGGAGCGGCGCAAAGGCUUGUCCAGCUCUUUAUCCACCAGCUCCCACAAGGAUGACGACACGUCAUCUGUCACCAGCCUGAACUCCUCAGCCACAGGACGGCGACUCAAAAUCUAUCGGACAUUCAGGGAUGAGGAUGGCAAAGAAUAUGUCCGCUGUGAGACAGUACGCAAGGCUGCGGUCAUUGACGCUUACACCAGGAUCAGAACCACCAAGGAUGAUGAAUUCAUACGGAAGUUUGCUCUCUUUGAUGAGCAGCACAGAGAAGAGAUGAGGAAGGAGCGUCGACGCAUUCAGGAGCAGCUGAGGAGGCUGAAGAGAAACCAGGAGAAGGACAAGAUCAAGGGACCACCAGAGAAGAAGGCCAAGAAGGUCAAAGAGAGACCAGACCUCAAGGUAAAACUAAAGUGCGGAGCAUGUGGAGCCAUUGGCCAUAUGCGGACCAACAAGUUCUGCCCGCUAUACUAUCAGACCAACGCCCCACCUUCUAACCCAGUUGCUAUGACCGAAGAGCAGGAGGAGGAGCUGGAAAAGACGGUCAUACACAACGACAAUGAGGAACUGAUCAAGGUGGAAGGCACUAAGAUUGUGUUGGGCAAACAGCUCAUUGAGAGUGCUGAUGAGGUACGCAGGAAGUCUUUAGUGCUCAAGUUCCCUAAGCAACAGCUCCCACCAAAGAAGAAGAGGCGUGUAGGCAGCGCGGUGCACUGUGACUAUCUUAAUAAACCACACAAGGCCAUUCACCGUAGGCGCACUGACCCAAUGGUGACCUUGUCUUCUGUCCUGGAGAGCAUCAUCAAUGACAUGCGGGAUCACCCCAGUACAUACCCAUUUCACACACCAGUCAAUGCCAAGGUUGUCAAGGACUACUAUAAGAUCAUCACCAAGCCCAUGGACCUGCAGACACUGAGGGAGAAUGUACGUAAACGAAUGUACCCUUCAAGGGAGGAGUUCCGUGAAGCUGUGGAGCUUAUUGUCAAAAACAGCGCCACCUACAAUGGGGCAAAACACCCAAUAACGCAGGUAGCACAGUCCAUGUUGGACCUGUGUGAUACUAAACUGAAAGAGAAGGAGGACAGGCUGGUCAGGCUGGAGAAAGCCAUCAACCCGCUGCUGGAUGAUGAUGAUCAGGUGGCCUUCUCCUUCAUCCUGGACAACAUUGUGACCCAGAAAAUGAUGGUGGUUCCUGAUUCGUGGCCCUUCCAUCAUCCUGUCAACAAAAAGUUUGUGCCUGAUUAUUAUAAGGUGAUUGUAAACCCCAUGGAUCUGGAGACCAUCCGCAAGAACAUCUCAAAACACAAGUACCAGAACCGAGACACGUUCCUUUCGGAUGUUAGUCUCAUCCACACCAACAGUAUCAAGUACAAUGGGCCAGACAGUCCAUAUACCAAAACAGCCCUGGAGAUUGUCAAUGUGUGCAAGCAGACCUUGGCAGAGUACGAUGAGCACUUGACCCAGCUGGAGAAGGACAUCUCGACUGCUAAAGAGGCAGCUCUCGAUGCAGCAGACAUGGAGAGUCUCGACUCAAUGACUCCUGGCCCGUACACACCACAGCCUGCUGAUCUGUUUGACAGUGGGGCUUCAGGGAGUCUGCCCAGAGAGCCCAGCAGCCUUUUCUCUGAGGGACCUCUAGUGAUUGCUCCAGAGAAGAGAGGGGGGCAGGGACGCCACAUCAGAAGACCUGGGGAGGAAGAGUCAGAUGUGGACAUUGAAGGCUUUGAAGAGGAAGAUGAUGGAAAACCCAAGACUCCCGCUCCUGCAGAGGAUGCAGAAGGAGAUCUGGAGGACGAAGAUGAUGAAGACGAGAUGUUGCUGCCACCUCGCAGACGGGUGCAUGACCAAGAGGAAGAGGAGGAGGAGGAGGAAGAGGACGGAAGAUCUAACCGGCCAGCCCAGGCCAGCGUGCUGUACCAGGACCUGCUCAUGUCUGACGGAGAGGAUGAUGCCAGCGAAGAGGAGGGUGACAACCCUUUCUCCUCCAUUCAUCUGUCGGAGAGUGGCAGCGACUCUGACAGAGAGGUGGAUGUGCGGCCUCCACCUCCACGUAGAACUCAAGAGACAGCCCGCAUGGGUAUGGAACAGGACGAGAGCAUGAUGUCAUAUGAAGGGGACGGACCCAAUGAGCCUCACAUGGACGAUAGCAACGUCAGCUAUGGGAGCUACGAGGAGACCGAGAGCAGGAGUCAGAUGCAGGUCUCUAGCAUAGGAAAUGGAGAAGAAUAUGGCAUCAGUGAGGAGGAGGAGGAAGACGAAGAAGAUGAAGCGCGGAGAAGAGGCCCAGCCGUGCUCUCUCAAGUGCAGCUCAGUGAGGAUGAGGAGAGCGAAGAGUUCAGAUCUAUUGGGGCAGACAGUGACAUGGACUCUGACAUCUAGUUAAGUCUAGUCAAGAAAAUGUAGUUUUUAAUUCCAGAUCUAAAACUGAGACAUUGAGUUUUCUCAGGUAAAUAUUCUGUACAUAGUUUUGUACAUUAUGGUUAAUGUUUAUAGUUUAGUGUGCUGCUGUACUGAAUACAGCUCAGCACAUGGUCAGAUUCAGUUUGAAUGAAUAUUGUGUUCAUGCUGUACCUUGAAUGGAAACAUGUUUACUUGUUUUCUACUCUUUUAACCUGUUCAUAACCUGUGCUCCCAAAUGUUUCAGGAACUAAAUACAAAGCAGAGUGAAAACACUGAAGAUUAACAAGCAGAUCUUUAAAAGUUAAAUCACAUAUUGCAUAUAUUGACCUUGGAGAAUGGUUGAAAAUCAUGGCAGAUAUUUUGACGUUAUUAUCAGAAAAGCACAGGUGUCACUCGUUUUUUUUUUUAUCAAGUUUCUCAGAGGGCAAAGUUGUGUAAAAUUUGUAUUUUUUAAUUGACAUUUGUGAAAGUAAACUCUGUCAUGUGCUUA